UCAGCCUUGGCGUUCUCAUCUCAGGCCAGCAGGAAGACCAAGAAGAAGGAAGGGGGUGCCCUGCGGGCCCAGAGGGCGUCAUCCAAUGUCUUCUCCAACUUUGAGCAGACCCAGAUCCAGGAGUUCAAGGAGGUGAGGUUCUACUCGGGACCAGGAACCCUCCACCCUGAAGCUCCUGCCCAAGGGGACCCCUGGGAGUCAUAAUGCAGGUGACAAGACCCUGCAUGAUUCUGGAUCCAGAGCCAAUGCGGGGGCACCUGUCCUCAUUCAGUGCAGCCGGGCCGACAGCCCAGUGACCCUGGCCUUGGUUCCAGGCAUUCACACUAAUGGAUCAGAACCGAGAUGGCUUCAUUGACAAGGAGGAUCUGAAAGACACCUACACUUCCCUGGGUACGUGCCCUGGGGAGAACUCUGCCUCAGCCCCCCCCCCCCCCAGGAGUGUCCUCCAAUCCCAGAGAGCCUCCCUCUGCCUCUGGCCCCGAAGCCUGAUCUGACUGCCCACUGGCCAAGAGGAGAUGCGCCAGGCCUCUGCUGGGGAGAAAUUCCCCUCCAGCUUGAUCAGAGUGGGCAGAGGGCCCCACCAGGUGGGCAGUGCAACCCAGGCCUGGGCAUCCCAGAGAGGGAGGUGGGACCAGGGCUCUAGGGAGGAGCUGAUGCCUCUGCAAAGGGAGGCUUGCCCUCCCACCUCCAGACACAGUGGGGCGGCCCAGGCAGGGAGCUGAGAGACAGCAGGGAGGGCUGCUUGUGCUCCUCUGAAGAGCCCAAGGUUGGUCCCUCCGGGGUGGCACAGCCCAGCCCACGGCCCUCCCUCCACUCCCCAUCUGAGGACAGCUGUCCUUGGAGCUGGGGAUGCCAGGCUGCUUUCUACCAGGGCAGGUGCACACAGACUUGCCUUCCCUCCAGGCCCCCUCAUGCCCAGGUAAGCAGAUCACAGACGUUCCCGGCGGCGGGCUCCUCUUCCCAGCUCAGCCCACCUCCGGGGCUGGGGUUUGGCUUCUGUUGACUCUGAGAAGCUGCCCUCACCAUGCCUGGGCCCAGGAUCCCUGCACUGGCUCACCUCCCUCCCUCCCUCCAGCCUCCCCCGCUUUGUUCUGGGGUAGCCUGGAGAAUGACCCCGUGGGGCACCUGCCUCAACCACAAGGCAUCCAGGGCCGGUGACAUUCCUGCCCAGGGACUCUCCCUCAUUCCAAGAUAGGCAAAACCAAUGUCAAGGACGACGAGCUGGACGCCAUGCUCAAGGAGGCCUCCGGGCCCAUCAAUUUCAACAUGUUCCUGAACAUGUUUGGGGAGAAGCUGAGCGGCACGGAUGCAGAGGAGACCACUCUCAACGCUUUCAAGAUGCUGGACCCGGACGGCAAAGGCAGCAUCCACAAGGACUACAUCAGGCGGCUGCUCAUGUCCCAGGCCGACGAGAUGACUGCCAAUGAGGUUUGGUCCCUCGCCCCCUCCUUCCCCAAGUCCCUCUGUGAAGCCCAAGCAUGGCCCUCAGGGCUCGGGGGGGGGGGGGCAGGAGGAAGAUGCACCCCAGCCCCCAGAGGCUGUAGCAUGGGAUGGGUGGGACACCCAGUGUCCAGGAGGGGAACACCUGCCCUGGCCCCACCCCUUGUUCUGCAGGGUCUCUCCCCCACCUUCCUUCCCCCCAGGCACAGAAACAAGACAGCCUGGAGCCCUGCAAUUAUAGCCAGUGCAUGUAAUUCGCCCGCUAGCUGUGGCCUUGGGGACACUCCCACUCCCUCCCACUCCUGCCUGGGCCCCACACUCCACUGCCAAACUCCUAGGUUGACCAGAUGUUCCAGUUCUCCACCGUUGAUGCUGCAGGAAACCUGGACUACAAGGCUUUGA